CGCACGCACUCUGGAUCAAAACAUCGCGGUCCAUGCCACUCGCAAAAUUCAUUCAAAAUAAAGCCGGACCUUUAGUUUUGAUAUUCGUUUAUUGUCAGGCCGGCUAGAUGUGAACUUUUCCGAAGUUUCGGCUUUCACUUUUUUUUUGUUGUUUCCGUUAAUCCUGUCUCUCAACCGAAACUAGACGGCUGUUUCGUUUCAUUUUUUUCUCUCGGGGGUUUGGCUUAGAUUCGGGGUUUUUCACACAUAGAUUUUAAAACGAGGUACUACACGGUGUUCGAGAUAAAGAAGUGUUCCUCCUCCAAAAAUGUUGGCAAAAGGUACAUCGUCGUUAGCACUGGCAGUGAUGGCGUCAGUUUCUUGGGCGGCGGCGGCACCGGCAGCGCCAACGGUGGCCGGGCGUAUGGAGAUGCGGGCGGCCGUGGCGGCGGCAGCGGCUCUAUAACGGAGGGACUGAGGACCGCCCUAGCCCGACUGCGACAGAGAUCCUCCACGCCCCAGCCUGCCUCGCCGCCGGUUCCGGGUUCACCACAACAGUCCCCCCAGCACAACCACCACCAUCACCAUCCUCACCAAAAUAAGAGCUGCCUAGACUCAGACCCGAGCGGCGCAUCCCGCGACACGUGCUGCGCGUCAUCUGCAAAGGGCGGCGGCGGCGGCACACCGCCCCCGCACCACAGCCCCAUCCACACCUAUAGGCAGCAGCACGGGGGCGGCGACUCGCGGCGCCCCUCAACCUCCUCCCACCACUCCUCGCCCGCCCACCACUGCCAACCGCCGCCUCGAGGCGGCAGCGGAGGCAGGAUGACCGUCAACUCGCAGUCGGGCCCCGCCCCUAAGUCGCCCCGCGCCCCAGACGAUCUCAUAUCAACUGCCACCUCCGCCCUGCGCAGGCUGCACUUCAAAACCGGCAGGAAUGCCGCCAAAAAUGCCAACGCUCAAAACCAAAAGCAACAAACCCAAUCAGUACCAAAAGUCAUAGUGAUGGGUUCAAGUACCGCAUCAGAGACCACAAUCAACACAAGCACCGACAGCUCAAACACGAUAGUGACAACGAUGACCGCCACCGAUGGCGAAAUCACCGAAGACAGUUUAGACGUGAACGAUCCAAUCGAUUACCUCAAUUCGGAUAACAUAGUGGAAGGAGGCAAGAUACUGACACCCGUCCCGGUAACUCCGAAGACACCCGCCACGGCCAAACAACACACGCCGCCCACGGUCACCACCAAAGAGAACAAAUUCACGUUUGACGUCGAGAUGACUCCCAAACCCUCCGACGAGCACAUGUUCGAUUUCGAGCCAAAGAAGCCGAUGAACGCGGCCGAAGAGAAGAGCGUCGAUCAGCUGAUGGAUGAGCAGGUCGAAGCGCUGAAACUGGACGCAAGACGUAGGAACAGUUACAAAGCUGCACAGAACGAUUUCGAUAAAAUCGAAGUUAUGAACGACGAUAUGAAAAUGCACGUCGAACCGCCGAGGGAAAUUAAGCACCACAGGCACAGUCCCAAGGAGCACAGGAGGAGCUUUAGAAGGAAAUUGGAGGUCGAGAAGGAGAAAGUCGAGAGGACCUCGCCGAAACGGAGAGCGGAGCGGACGUUGAAUUCAUCGCCGGAGAAUAACGAUUCGGAUUCGCCCAAACCAAAACACAGACAUAAAAAGACGAGCCGGAGGCACCACUCGCCCAGCAGGCACCACGACAAGUUCAGCUACGACGAAAAGCACAUAGCCAAGUACCGAAACGCACAUCCAGUCAGUUCGGGACCGUCACGUAUGACCCCGCCAUUGCCAGAUCUUCGCGUCGACUUCUUCAGCGAACCGAUGGACAAUUGCCAAACAAUUGAAUCAUCCCAGCACACUCUGCAAGUGGCCGUUUCGAAUGAAAAACGCGGGAGCGUGUGUCUAAACAAAUGCCUGCGAGAGGUAGGGGCUCAAUUGGACGCGUCGAGUCCUAUAAAUGUAACCACCAAUCCAUUGGAGAAUUCAGUGCAUUUCGGUAGGAAAGCCCCCCAAGCCACGAUCGUAGUGCAACAGCCGUCGGUCAGUCUGGAUCACACAAAUGUCUCGACGAUCCUGUUGAAGAACGGUAGUGAGUUUGUGUCGAACGUUGAGAGUGGCAAGUUUACGCUGAAGAAGCACAAGGAGGACAACGUCAAGCAGCUCUUGGACGUGGCCAACAAUCUGACUCUUGAGGAGAUACACGAUUUCGAGAUGAGUGGCAUCCAUCAAUUUAUUGAGCAGUUCAUUUUUGAUGUAAAAUGCAGAUACGGAAGCCCCCAUCACAACAGAUCGCAGUCCGUUAAAACUCCGGGCAGAUCUUCCGGACGACCCAACUAUUUAUGCCUUCCGCAACAACGGUCCCGGGUGGCGUCCAUGCCCAACACGGGCGUCGAGGAAGAAUACUACAGACUGAGACACUUCUCCAUCACUGGCAAAGGUGUGGUGAACAGAGGCGACAGUCUGAAGAGCCGAAGGUCCAGGUCUAACAACUCGGUAGCCUCCAGUAACUCAAGUACGGAGCAAUUGCCUGGAGCAGUGUCGGCGGCUGGAUCCGCCCGGACAUCCGCAUCCUGCAGUCUGGCCUCGUCCCGAGAAUCUUCCACAAGCGCUCCGGGACCAAUCCCCUACAAAGUUCUGAUGCUCGGCGGUCCGGCCGUCGGAAAGUCGUCGCUGGUGUCCCAAUUCAUGACUUCUGAGUAUCUGCACGCGUACGACACAAGUAUCGACGACGAGAGUGGAGAAAAAUCCGUAUCAGUAUUACUAGCCGGCGAGGAAUCUGAACUCACAUUUAUUGACUUUGCCACGGCAGACCUUUCCCCGGACAGUUGCAUCAGCAAAUACAGUGACCCUCAUGCUUACUGCGUAGUGUACUCAAGUGCAGACAGAGCAAGUCUGCAAUGCGCAGAAAAGAUCCUUCAGACAUUAUGGACCUUAGACACCAUAGGCACAAAAGCUGUAAUCCUGGUCGCUAACAAAGCAGAUUUGGUCCGGUCGAGGGUGGUUACCACUGAAGAAGGUAAAUCGAUGGCCACAUCGUAUGAUUGCAAGUACAUAGAGACAUCUGUGGGGAUCAACCACAACGUCGACGAAUUGCUGGUAGGCAUCCUGACACAGAUCAGAUUGAAGUUGGAGAAUCCGGAACGCAGCAGGGACCUAUUCAGAAAGCGCAGCUCCUCGAAGAAGAACUUGAACAGGAACAAGUCGCCCGGAUCGGGAACUGCUACUCCCACGGGCAGUGCGCAAAACUCUCCAAAGAAAUACAGAGGUUCGAGGACGUCGGCCAGCUUAAAAGUGAGAAGCCUGUUGGGAAAAGUAUGGGCACGCGACAGCAAAUCAAAAUCAUGCGAAAAUCUGCAUGUACUUUAAAUUAUUACCCAUUUAUUUUGUUUAAUUUGAAAACAAUCAAAUAAUAAUCAAAAGUACAGUUGCAACGUGUUCCAAUGUGUGCUUUUAUAAAAUCAAAAAACGUAUAUGAAUUAUAAAGGGAUAUGCACUGAUCGAUCGCAUGUGUGAUUUGAAGUUUUAAUUGAUUGUUUUGUCAAUUUAAUUGUGUUUUGUAGCGAAAUUGGAUCGGCGCUUGUUGUUGCACUGAAAAUAAAGUUUCAGUAAUCUCUGGACUCCCUGCAUGGCAAAGGAAAUCUUGGUUUUGGUUAGGAAUGUAGUUACAAUUAUAUAUUGAUAUAUAAAAUGAUACUAAAAAGACGGAAUACAGGGUAUUUAUUAAGAUAGGAACUGCUAUAACAAUCACAAAAAUUACUGCUUGAGGCAUUUUGGAAAACAUUGCAACUGUAGUUAGGUUAGGAUAAUUUAUUAAUUAGUUUUAGGACUUGGCCCCCUACUAUAUAUGUAUAUAUUGUUCGUUUUUAUUAUAUUCUUUAUUCUACCGAUACUAGGGGCUCUAGUACAAUUUAUAUUGUGAUUUUUUUACUGUGUUGCACAUUUUUGUAUUGCAUUUGUAUAUUUUUAUCCUACGUAUUUUCUAUGUGUAUUUUAAUUAAUGAAGUUUUUAUAUUAUUGCUGAUAUGUUUCGAAUUAUUUUAACAGUCACACGUACUAACAUCCUCGACUUCCUCUACAUAUCUGUAUUUCAAAUACUAUUAACUUAACUGGGUCCAUUUUAUUAUGAACACCAAAAUCCGUUUUAAUUGACCAGAAUUGUGAAAACUUUCAAAAAGUAUAUAUGAGAAAAAUAUUUAACUAAUUUUUACUGAUGCUUUACAAUUUUUAUCAACUAUGCCAUAGGUAAACUGGACUACUGACUAUUCAUUUUUCUUGAAUUUUUCUCAUAGGUCUUUUUCAAUUUUGUUCACAACAACAAAAUGCCAAAGCUGAAAGAGAAACAUUGAAUGGCAAUAAUUAUUUGUCAUAAAUUGAAAUUUUUUGCAAUUAAUCAAAUUGGGUCCAUAUUUGUAGCAAAUAAAAGAUGAUAGUGUAUAAUAUGUAAGGUAGAGAUGUAUAGAAUAUUUAUUAUACUAGUAAAAUUUAAUCCCUAAAGACAGUUACAUGUAAGUAUUAGAAAAAAUAAAUAAAUAAAUUUGAGCAAGGUGAAGCUUUAAGAAGUUUGUAAUUCCAUUGUUGAUUGAGUAUAUAUCUACGUUAUAAUACAUAAAUUUGGAUAAGUAUUAGUUUUGUAUAUUUACAAAAAAUAUAUGCAUAUACAGUUAAUCAGUUAACACGCUUUUAAAGAUUAAGAUUGUACUGUGAAUAUCGUUACUGAUAUUUGUUUAACUGUAUAUGAUUUCAGCCUUUCUUGUGUUACUAAAAAAUAGAAAAUAUUUUUUAAAUAAUUCUUUAAUAAAUUAGUUAAUUAACAUAAUAGAAUUUAUAUUUUGUUAUUAUGAACAAUUAUGGUUAUUAGUUAAUCCGAUCAGUUGUUUUGAAUCAAAAAAAUUUAACAUACUAGACAAUUUGACCAAUUUUAUUUGUGCCUUGUAUAGGCUUUGUUAGGAUUUUGGGAUUGUAUAGAUUUAAUUACGGACUGAAAAAUAGCAGAAAUAUAUUCCAUAUCUAUGUUUAACAAAUAUUGUCUCAUAUAAUUGUCUUGUUAGAAUCAGUAUUCAUUGAUCAUUGUAAAAUCUAUGUGUAUUUUAGCUGAGUAGAGCAAAGGAUGUUAGAAUUUUUAUUGUUGGUUGUAAUCUUUUGUCAAAUUGUUACAAGUAGUUAGUAGCGGUUUGAACUAUUUGAUAAUAUUUGUAAAAUUACUAUGUUUAGGACAUGGUGUGAUAACAUGUAAACCAGUUUACAAGAAAUUAGUAGGAAAUUGUAAUAAUGAUAUUAUUUAUAUUCUCAUUGUUUUUGAAAUUUGAAUUUUGCUGACGAUGCUUUAAAACAAGUAGUUUUUAUAAAUACGAUUAAAAAAUGUUUUUCAGAUGUUUUGCUCUACUCUAAUUUUUGGAUUUUUAAUAAAUGUGUAUAUCUUCCAUUUUAAAGGUGUCUUUUAUGUGUUUAGCUAAUAAGGUUUAAUUGUAUAAGUGCCAAUAUAUAGUUUACCCCUUUCUUCUGUAUCUUAAAGAUUACUUCUAUCAAAGUGUUGCACUGUAUUACCGAAUUUCAUUACAAACUUGUGUAAGAGUUUGUAUAAAGUUCUAUGCAACUUUGGACAUGAAGUUAUUGUAUGUGUUAAUUUAAAUAUAAUAUUCGCCAGUCUAUGUGGUUUUUUAUAAUUUCUGAUGGAAGUUGAAAACAAUUGAAAAUGGACUUUCUGAAAUUUGCCGAAAUUACAAAUCCGAAAUAAUUUUUAAUUUUGCUUUAAACCGUGACAACAAAAUGCUUCUGAGUCGUCACGUUCUUAUGGUAUUUUGUGUGAUCGUGUUUGCCUAGCACAAACUCAAGAUUAAACACCAUAUUCCGUCCACUGUGUUCUUUACUAAAAGCUCCCAAUACCCACAACACGUCUCCGUUUUCAAUUUUUUCAACAAUUGUCAAAACGAUUCAUCAUGUUCGGACAACCGGGUAAUAUUAGCUAAUAUAGACAUUGUUGUUUUUAUAUGAUCUCUUACUGUUAAUUGGCUUUUUGUGUUUUAUUUUGUUAAAAUUAUUUAUUGACCGUUGUUUUCUCGAUGUUUUAAAAUAAAUCGUUGCGUUUUAUCCGAUGGAAAUGAUUUAUAUUCAAUAUCAGUUGUUUAUUGUAGAAAACAUUGUUUAAAAUAUGGUAGUUUAUAUUUGUAAUCACCAUGAUAAUUAUAAUGCACAAUUCGGAAUUUUAAAAUUUGUAAAUUUAUAAUAAUCCACAUAUUAUAUCCGUAAUAUGUAAGUUAAAUUUGUAACAAUAAAAUUUUGCUGUGA